AUGUCUUCUAAACGUCUAAACCAAAUUGAAAAAUAUAUAUCUUCAAUGGCUGCGAUUCAAUCAAUUUUCCAAGACGUUCCUCGUGCUCCUCCGGACGUUAUUUUCAAUUUAACCGCCACAUACAAGGCAGACACCUUUGCACAAAAAGUUAACCUAGGUGUUGGUGCAUAUAGGGACGAUAACGGAAAACCUUGGGUGUUGCCUGUUGUAAAAAAAGCCGAACGAGAAAUUAUAAAUGAUCCUGAAAUUGAUCACGAAUACCUCCCUAUUACGGGACUUGCUCCUUUCAGAGAAGCAUCAAUGAAAUUGAUUCUUGGUGCUAAUAAUCCCGCCAUUAAAGAGAAACGGGUUGCAACCGCUCAAACCAUAUCUGGUACAGGUGCAAAUCAUCUUGGUGCUCUCUUUUUAUCUCGGUUUUAUCGAAAGGGUAGCAUAGUUUACUUAUCCAAUCCAACAUGGGCAAAUCAUAAGGCUAUAUUUAACAACGUUGGUUUAGAAGUCAGAGACUAUGUUUAUUACGAUCCAGAGACAAUUGGAUUGAAUAUUGAUCGAAUGCUUGAAUCUCUAAAUAAUGCUCCUGAAGGUUCCAUUAUUCUAUUACACGCCUGCGCCCAUAAUCCAACUGGUGUAGAUCCAACUCAAGAACAGUGGAAAGCAAUUGCUGACGUUAUGGAGAAAAAACGCCACUUUCCCUUUUUUGACUGUGCUUAUCAAGGUUUUGCUAGUGGUGAUUUAGAUCGUGACGCUUGGGCCGUACGUCAUUUCGUUGAGCGCGGCUUCGAAUUACUUAUAUGUCAAUCUUAUGCAAAAAAUUUUGGUUUAUAUGGUCAACGUGCUGGGUGUUUGACUUUUGUUCUCAGAGACUCUGAAACUGUCCUUAAAGUAGAAAGUCAACUUGCAAAACUUCAACGUGCCGAAAUCUCUAAUCCUCCUGCACAUGGGGCUCGCAUUGUUAGUUUGGUACUGAACAAUCCUCCUCUCUAUGAAGAAUGGGUUGAAAAUCUUAAAACUAUGAGUUUCCGUAUUCAAGAAAUGCGUCGUCGUCUUUAUGAUAAUCUCAUAGAACUUGAUACUCCUGGAACUUGGAAUCAUAUUGUUGAUCAGAUUGGCAUGUUCUCAUUUACUGGACUUAAACCCCAACAAGUUAAAGUUAUUAAAGAAAAAUAUCAUGUGUAUUUGACUGAUAACGGUCGUAUCUCUAUGGCAGGUUUAUCUUCUAAAAAUGUAGAAUAUUUUGCAAAAGCCGUAGAUGAUGUU